GGAGGAUUGAGCAUGAAUGAUUUCAUUGUAGCUGCCAAAAUAGAUGACAUAAAAACAUCAGGUCUUGUGCCCAGAAAAAGAGUUUGGGCUUAGAUGAAGCAUUGUGUUUGUUUGUUGCCUUCAUCAAGAUCAAUCCCCAAAAAGAGCAUUCUGUAGUGUGGAUUUUGCCAGCAUCUAAUUACCACAGAGGCUCAAGUUUUUGUAAAAAUGUUAGAAGGAACAUUAUUCUUUUCCUCUACAGUUUGUACUGAUGGAUGGAUAA